AUGAAGGUAAAGCAUACAUUGGCUUUAAAACUCACCAAGACUCUAGCAGAGGUGGAUACUACAUGGAUUCAGCUUCACAAUCCUACAACAGAAAACAUUGCGAUUCACGUAGGGUGUCCAAGUUUGGAUGAGGGACAAACCGAGGAGGAGCAAACCGAGGAGGAACAAACCGAUCAGACAUCUUACACCCCAUUGCUUAUCGCAGCCAGCAAAGGAAUAGUAGAAAUAGUUGACAGCGUGAUUCUGGUGAAACCUCAGGGAAUUGAGCACGUCACUCCGCCACUGACUCGUAGGCUGGCUUCACGGAUUGAUAAGAAAGGCUACACUAUAUUGCAUCAUGUUGCCGACAUGAAGAACUAUGAUCGGGGACCCCAACCUGGUCCUGCUUUCCAAUUGCAGGAGGAGUUGAAAUGGUUCGAGCGUGUGCAGAAAAUAAUUCCUGACCAUUAUGUCAUGCACCACGACAGAACUAAUCAAAUGACAGCAGAAGAGUUAUUCAAAGAGAAACACUCUAAACUUCUCGAGAACGCGCAAAAGUGGAUAAAGGAGACCUCUCAAUCAUGCUCUGCAGUCGCGGUCCUCGUUGCCACUGUAGUUUUCGCGGCUGCCUACACUGUCCCAGGGGGUAACGACGACACAGGCCAUCCAGUUUUCCUUCACUCUCCAUUCUUCCUGUUCUUCACUAUCAUGGACGUUCUCUCCCUUGCGAGCUCUUUGACUUCCGUUGUCAUGUUCCUCUCCAUUCUCUCUUCUCCAUUUGAGUAUGAAAAUUUCCGUAUAUCACUUCCGCGGAAGCUGACAUUAGGGUUCACGUUGCUCUUCUUCUCUGUCACAACAACCAUGCUUAGUUUCGCGGCUACUAUUUUGCUCAUUAUUCAUUUUAAGAAGACAUCUUGGACUACGACUGUGAUUUAUACUGCUGCGUUCCUUCCUGUCUGUGUGUUUGCGCUUAUGCAAUUCCCAUUGUACAAAGCAUUCUCCAGUACUUUGCGAGCCCUUACCAAGAAAAUAUUGAAGACGGUACUUCCCCAGAAAUUCACUCCUCGUUACUUGCUGACAACCAUUAAGCGAAAAUGGGCUUAACCUCCUCUUCCUUUUUCCAUCAUGAACUAAAUGUCAAAAAUCUUAUCUAUAUUACUGUAUUGCCAUGAUUUAUUUUUAUGUAAUAAGGCAAUGAGAAAUUAGAUAUUUCUCAUCCCUGUGCGUGCUUUUAUGAGUAAUAAAGGAACUUCUUUCUAGCCA